AUGGAGCUCGACGUCCAGGCGGUGCCCCGGCCAGUAGAACCGGUGUCGGAGCCGGUGGAGCGUCUUGUUGGCUCCAAAGUGCCCCGCCCCCACCGAGCCGUGGACCAGCCCGAGGACCUUGGGGCGGAGCAGGCGGAGAAGCCCCGUCUCGGGCCCCUGAGUCGCUUCCUCUCCAGGACCUUGGUCUGGCCCCUGCGCCAGGUCUGGCCCAGUCCCAGGCUCUGGCCCCGGCCCAUCUUCAGCUCUAUCGAAAGCUCUUCCAGUGGCCAAAACAGUGUGGUCAACCUGGAGCAGCCCAGAGCCCAGUACUGUGUGGGGGACACCUUGAGCGUGCAGGUGAAUGUGAAGGACUACAGGGGGAACUCAAAAGCGCAUGGAGGCGACUUCAUCCUGGCCCGGAUCCACUCUCCCGAACUCCAGGCUUCUGCAUCAGGACAAGUCACUGACCUGCUCAAUGGCUCCUACCGUGUGAGUUUCCACCUGUUCUGGCCUGGAGACGUACUGGUGUCUGUGAUUCUCAUGCACUCCUCUGAGGCAGUUGGGAUCCUCAGGAGAAUCAGUGCAAACAACUAUGAUAAGAUCAUAUACAGCGGAGUCUUCUAUAGAGGGAAAAAAAAGGAGCAAUCUCGGUGUGGCAUCCGUCUCAAAUCGGAUAAGCCCCUCUGCGAGUACAGGAAGAAGGAAGAUGCGGAGUACUACGCCUGCAUCCCACCCAAAACCCUUCCCUGCAGCACCCUGAGGACCAUGCGGUCAGGAAAUGGUCCAAUUCCUAACAUGACCAAUGAUGAGCGUUUUCUCCUGAGCCGAUGGUCUUCCUCCUCCUGCCAGACCGGCAGCUUCUUCAGUGCAGACGCCAUUAGCAGAUGCCUGAAGGACAAGAAGCUGAAAAUCAUGGGAGACUCCACUGUGCGUCAGUGGCAAGAGACACUCGUGAAUACGCUAAAAGGUAUGAAAUAUGUGAAACCAUAUGAUACUCAUUCCUCUGUCCUGGCUGUGGACCCCAAAAGGAACAUCACUAUCCAGUGGAAAAUGCACGGCCAUCCUUUUGUUACUGUCUACAACAUGGUUAAGGAUCAGUGCAGGUACAUUCCCAGGGAAGUAGACAGAGUAGUCUUUGGUGAUGUGGUGGUCAUUGGAGUGGGACAGCAUUUCAGGCCCUUUCCCCUGGAGAUCUUCAUCCAGAGGCUGAUCAACAUGCGGAAGGCCAUCCUGAGGCUCCAGGAACGUAGCCCCCAGACCCUCAUCAUCAUCAAGCUGGAGAACACCAGGGGGUUGAAUUCAGUGAUGACCCACCUGAGUGACUGGUUUGGCUAUGUGCAGAACCUGGUUCAGAGGAAAGUGUUUGGAGACCUGAAGGUGGUGCUGGUAGAUGCCUGGGACAUUACAACAGCAGCUAACACCUUUAUCACCCACCCUAACUCCAUUGUUGUUUCCAAUGAGAUAUCUCUGGCUCUGUCACACCUCUGCCAUGAUGCAUAG